CUAAUUCCCACCCAACAAUGAAAAAGCAGCAGCAGCAAGCAGCAGAGGAGAGAGGGGCACUCGAGACUGAGACUCCCCAACAGAUCAGUUAGUCCCCGCCACCGGCAAUAACUGAAAAACCAAAAACAAAAAAUAUAUAAAAGCUUCAGAAAAAGGAAGCUUCUAGAUCCUUCUCAUCCAUGGAGGACACCGCGAGAUCCACGGGUACAGUCAAGUGGUUCAGCGCGCAGAAGGGGUUCGGCUUCAUCGCCCCCGACGACGGCACCGAAGAUCUCUUCGUCCACCAGACCUCGAUCCAAUCCGACGGCUUCCGGACCCUCUCGGAGGGCCAGCCCGUCGAUUUCCUCGUUGAAUUCGGCGAAGACGGACGCACCAAAGCCAUCGACGUCGUCGCCGCUAUCGCCCGAUCCCGCGGUCCCGGCUUUGACCGCGGUCGUGGACGUGGCCGUUUUGGCGGGAGGGGUGGCAGUUAUGGCGGGAGAGGGGUAGGCGAUGGAGGUGGCGGGCGUGGUGGUUAUGGAAGGUUCGUUGGAGGGUAUGAUGUCGGGAGAGGCGGCGGGAGGGGUCGCGGUUAUAGUGGUGGUUACGGCGGUGGUCGCGGCGGUGGCGAGUGCUACAAUUGCGGCGGAAUUGGGCAUUUGGCUAGGGAGUGUAUUCAGGGCGGCGGCGGUGGUGGAAGAUUUGGCGGUGCUGGUCGAGGAUACGGUAGCCGUGCAGGCGGCGGUAGCCGUGGGUGUUAUAAUUGCGGAGAGGAAGGGCAUUUGGCAAGGGAAUGUCUUAAUGAUCAGAAGUGAGAAUUUGGGUCAUGUUCUAUUGGGUGGCUUGGCUUUGGAUGUGGGUGUAUAGGUCUCUGUGGUUUCCCACGCUUUUGGGUGCUUGCUUGGUGAUUGCUCUUGGCGUAUGAAGAAAGGAGGGCUCUUGUUUGUCACCAAUUUGUUCUUAAUUUGGGUAAUUUUUUGUUCGUUUUUGCAUGAUUUGGUGGUAUGUGGGUGAUUGUUUUUGCAUAUAUUAGAUGGUAGUUUUCUCGUUCUAAUUCAUUGUUUCUCCUCAUUUUUCAUACCUAUUCUUCUUGUUGUUCAA